UGAUCACGGAAAUGGCAGUAAAUGCCCUGCUUACAUGGAGGAGUUUUGGACUCGAUGCUAUAAGUACUUUUCUGAUGCGAGUAACUGGAUCACAGCAGAGAGAAACUGUCAGAGUCUUGGUGCGAAUCUCGCAUCUGUGAGUAAUAAACUGGAAAAUAAAUUCCUGCUGCGUCUGUUGCCUUCUCCUUCAACACGUACUUGGAUUGGUGCUCAUGAUGCUGUACAAGAUGGACACUGGUUGUGGAGUGACGGAUCUGUGUUUUCGUUCACCAACUGGUGCUCUGGAGAACCCAACAAUGCUGGUGUUCCCGAAGACUGUUUGGAGAUCAACUUUACCGCUGACCGUUGCUGGAACGACGUGCCCUGUUCAAUCUCAUUAUCCUAUAUCUGUGUCCUAGACAUGUGUGACUGUGUGACUACAUAGG